AGUCUUAAAGGAAAUCUAAGGAGGCACCAUGAUCAAACUCCUGUUGGUCUCAGCGCUGGUGGCUGGAGCUCUAGGCUGUGGGGUCCCCACCUACCAGCCCAAUGUAAUGAGGGUUGUUGGAGGUGAAGAUGUGCAGCCCAACAGUUGGCCCUGGCAGGUCUCUCUUCAAUACAGUUCCAGUGGUAGAUGGGGACACACCUGUGGGGGAACCCUGAUAGCUGAGAACUGGGUAAUGACAGCUGCUCACUGCAUCAACUUUUCUAGGACCUACCGAGUGCAACUUGGGAAACACAGUCUGUCUUCUAGUGAGGAAGGAAGUCUUACUGUCAGCGUUUCGAAGUUGGUGGUCCAUGAGGGUUGGAAUGAACAGCUUGCCAAUGGGAACGACAUCGCCCUGGUCAAACUGGAAAGCUCUGUCUCUCUGAGUGACAAGAUUCAGCUGGGCUGCCUGCCUGCUGCUGGUACUAUCCUGCCCAACAACUAUGCCUGCUAUGUCACAGGCUGGGGACUGCUGAAAACCAAUGGUGUUGCAUCAGAUAUCUUGCAGCAGGCUCUCUUGCCAGUGGUAGAUUAUGCCACCUGCUCCCGCUCCAACUGGUGGGGAAGCUCUGUGAAAAACACCAUGGUGUGUGCUGGUGGUGAUGGGGUGGUCUCCGGAUGCAACGGAGAUUCUGGUGGCCCACUGAACUGCCAAGCAGAUGAUGGUCACUGGGAAGUGCAUGGCAUUGUGAGUUUUGGCUCAACGCUUGGCUGCAACUACAUUCGGAAACCCACUGUCUUCACCCGGGUCUCCAACUACAACGACUGGAUCGAAAAGGUGAUUGCAGAAAACUAACCAGAGCAUCCUGGGAAAUGUGUCCAUUGUAAAGGGAA